GAGUGUGUGUGUUGGUGCGCGCGCGUGUGGGUGGUUUGGAGGUAACACGGGAACACGGCACAGCGCUCAGUACAGUGCGGGCGUUCCAACAGUGUCCAUGUGUUUUCGCCAUGAUGGCGCCACCACCUGUUGACGGGAUCCCCGACUUCCCAGACACCUUCCAGGACUUCUUCACCAAGCUGGACGAGGGAGAUGAAACAAUUUCAUCCCUCCUCGAGGACAAAUUGAUUCCUCGAGGAGCGAAGCGGCAACAGGAACGGAGAUGGGUUAUCACUAGGAGAUCUUUUCAUAGGAAACCUGUGGAGUACAUGAGUCGGCCUGAUCCUCCGGAUCUGUCUCCCUCGCCGACCCAUACUCGGAGAAGGUCGUCGUCUAUAGCAGUGACUCGCCAGACCCCGGACUUACACAGGUUCCUGCAGGCGGAACAGAAUCGACCCUGGGGACACUUGAGUCCGAGCCCCGCGGCUUGCAGUCCUACUCCUAGCCCGGCGACUUCCAGACCAGUCAGUCCGAGGCCGAGGACCAAUAAUUCUUAUAGGUGUAGAACAGCUUCCAUGCCUGCUGUACCGGCUCGGCAUAAGCCGAUGCUGGGACAGAUAAAGCGGUCAGGGAACGAAGAGAACAGCGGCGAGUUCUACAGACUGAGGAGUUUCAGCAUAACACCCAGCGGUAUAUGCAACCUCGGAGACUCCUUCAAGUCUCGACGCAGCAAAAGUAUCAGCAGUGUCAGCAGUACCUGUUCCAGCAACAGCGGCGCCACUCCUUCCAACCGCGACAGGAUACCCAGUAACGCGUCCCAGAACAGCACCUCACUAACGGAGGAUGAACCAGUCACUUCCACGUUUAAGGUGGCGAUGCUGGGCGGGACCGCGGUUGGUAAAACAGCCCUUACAUACCAGUUCACCACUUCUGAAUACAUAUGUGCCUACGAUACCUCAUUGGAUGAAGAGUUUGGCCAGAAGACAGUCAGUGUUCUACUGGACGGACAAGAAGCUGAGCUAGAAAUCAUCGAUCACCCGUCAUCGGAAAUGUCGGUGGAGACGUUCUGUCUGACCUACAACCCGGACGUGUUUGUGGUUGUGUACUCCGUGGUGGAACGCAAGAGCUUCAAGGUGGCCGAGGACAUCCUGCUGUUUCUCUGGAAGAACGACUACAUGACCACCCGCGGCGUCAUCCUGGUGGGGAACAAGGCGGACCUGGAGAGGAAGCGGGAGAUACCGACGGCAGUUGGACGAAAGCUUGCGAACAGCUGCGGAUGCAAAUUCAUCGAGACUUCCAGCGGAUUGGAUCACAAUGUGGACGAACUCCUGGUCGGGAUCUUGGCACAAGUCAAACUAAAUCCGAAGAGGGAAAGAGAUGUCCAAAAGAGGAAGAAGAGGCAAAAACGCUACGGAAGCGGAAGAAGAAUCAUCAAACAUCUGUUAGGCAUCAAGAGGAAGGCAAGAUCGUGUGAGAAUCUUCUGGUUCUGUGAAAAACUUAGAACUGCAUCUGAAAUCGGGUUUUAUGAAUAGGUUUGGAUGCUCAAGGAUUUAUACUGGAAGGACUUUUCUUGUUUUCAGAAUCCUGGGAAGGACUUUUA